CAGUUGAAAUUCAUUCAUCGUUUGAUUAAAGCGCAUUUUUCUUGAAAUUGGUUAGACCUUCGAACUUAGUGAAAUGAGUAAAUUCAACGAAGAUGAGUUACAUCCUCCAAAUUGGAUGGACGACAAAUUCUUCACAGAAGUCUUGAUGAAAUGUGAAAAAUCUGAUCAAGUUUUGGUAAAAGAAGUAAAAAUAUCACCAGCAUCAGCUCAAGGUGAUCACUAUGCAAGUAUUAUGUUCCGAGCUGCUGUUACUUACGAUACAGAAAAAUCCAAAGGAAACUCUAAAUCCUUGAUUAUCAAGACUAUGCCAGAGUUAGAUGGUCAUAAAAAGGAUCUUUUGGGAGAAUCUUACAUUUUUGAAACCGAAAUUUCCAUGUAUUUAGAAACAAUUCCAAAAAUUGAAGCUGAACUGAGGGCAAUUGGUGAUAAAACAGUAUUAGGACCAGAAGUAUUGUACUAUUCCUUAAAACCAAGGAAGAUUAUAAUUUUUGAGGAUCUAUGUCAGAAAGGAUAUGAAGUGUUGCGAGACAGACACUGUAAUAUGGAAGAAGUAAAAGUGGCAUUUUUGAAACUCUCUAAAUUGCAUGCUGCCAGCUAUAAACUUGCUGCUGAGGGUGACACUUCAGUGACUGCUUAUAAAGAAGGCAUGUUAGCAUUCAAAGGUAUUGAAGAAAUGCCAUACAUGACAUCAGGAAUGCUUAAUUUUAUUGACAAAUUAGAAACAAUUGAUGAAUUCAAAAAAUAUGUACCAAAAUUGCGUGAAAUUCAAAAAGAUAUUUUAAAACGUUCAAUAAAUUCAAUGAAAAUUUCUCAACAAAAUGAAUCAAAAGGAAUUUUUGUACUAUGUCAUGGAGAUUUUCAUCGAAAGAAUAUGAUGUUUAAACAUAAUUCGAGUGGUAAAGUUGAAGAUUUAUUGUUGCUUGAUUUUCAAAUAUGUUAUUAUGGACCAGCAGUAUUAGAUGUUCUCUACGGAAUGUAUAUGCUUGUAGAUGAUAACAUGCGAACUAACUGUUAUGAUGAACUUAUUCACUAUUACAGUUCAAAUUUUAUUGAAACUUUGAAGAAAUUGAAAUUUCAAGGAGAAAUUCCAAAAAUUUCUGAUUUCUUUAUUGAAAUUUUACAACACAGACAUUGGGAACUAUUCUUAAUGAGCACAUUUCUUCCUAUUUGGAAUGCUUUUGCACCUGGUGAUUUGAAUCCUGAAGAUAUGAUGACAUCCAAUGAAGCCCGCAGAAGUACCUAUGAAAAUGAUAAUUUCAUCAACGAAGUUAGGAGACGUUUGCCGAAGAUGUUGCAUAGAGGAUACUUAGAAUAAAGUGUUUUUAGUCUGGUGAAAUU